AUUUGUAUUGACACGAGAUUUGGGUUAAAGGUAUUCUACCUAAGAUUUUCGCGUGGAAAAUCAAAAGUUAUUCGAAAUGAGUGACGAAAGUGUCCUAAUGGAGGAUCUUAAGACCUUCAAGGAGAGUUUUAGCCAAGCCAUCAAAGAUGAAAAUAUUUCGGAGCAGAUUGAUAUGACCAAAAGACUCGGUAUUCUUGCUGAACACUUGGGAGAAAACAUCACAAGACAAGAACUACUACCAUUUCUAGAAGAAAACAUUAACUUUCACGAUGAAAUACUCUUAAAUCUACCGGAACAACUGAAGCAAUUAAUACCGUUGGUUGGGGGAUACGAAAACUCCCAACCGGUGUUGGAGCUUCUCAAGAGGAUGUGCAAUACUGACGAAUUUUUGGUUAGAGAAAAAACUUUGGAGGCUUUAAAGGAAAUCGCAGAGGAAUUGAGUAAUGAGCUUGUUGAAGAGUUGUUGGUUCCGAUUUUAGAAUCGUUGGCAAAUGAGCAGUGGUUUACGAGUAAAUGUUCUGCAGUGGCUCUUUUUUCAUCAAUAUAUCCAAAAGUACAAGAGGAAAAGAAGGUUGAAUUAAGGCACACCUUCCGUUUACUAUCUCAAGACGAGUCGCCUAUUGUGAGAAAAGAAGCUGCUUUGGGUCUCAUUGAUUUCGUUGCUUUGUUAGACAAAGAAAGCAUUAAAAAUGAAUUCAUAGCUGUUUUUGAUAACAUUUCCAAUGAUAACAUGGAUUCUGUAAAAGCUACAACUGUAAAGGUAGCUUUAGCAAUUUGUAAAAUACUGAGUGAGAAUGAAAUUGAUGAAUCCAUUUUUAAAACACUUGAAAGUUUUGCCGAAAGUGAUUCUUGGAAAACCCGUCUCGUUCUAGCAGUAGAUAUAGCAGAAAUACAGAAGGUAAUCUAUUAUCCCAAACUACGUGGAAGAAUACUAGCAAUGUUUCAAAAAUUGAUCAAGAAUGUCGAAGACGAAGUCAGGAUUGUAGCCGUUAAAAAUCUAGUCCCGUUUUGUCGAUAUCUAAAAGAGUCCUAUGAGAGAUGCGACCAAAAUGAAAAUAAUUUUGAGUCAGUCUUUAUACAAAGCGUAGUACCUCAGAUAACAAUGUUAGUGGUCGAUACUUGUACUGAUGUUAAGUUGGAACUGGCUAAAAACAUUUUAAGUUUAAGCACACUUAUUAGUAAAGAAGCAUUUGUAGAACACAUUAUGCCACAAGUCUUAGAUAUAUUAGAUCUAGAACAAUCAGUUUCAGUCAAGGCUAACAUUUUAGAGAACUUAAACGACCUUCCAGCAGAUGUAGACUUUGCUCAAUCUCUUCCAUCUAUCAAGAGAGUUAUAAGAACAUUAAUCGUUUACUCGCAAUCACAUUGGAGAACAAGAAAGGGUCUGUUGAUGACAUUUAUGCAUAUAAUUAAGUUUGCGCCUAAAGAGUAUUUCGCAGAAAACAUAAAACACUUUUAUGGAAGUCUUCUAGGGGAUCAUGUGUUUGCUGUUAGACGAACAGCUGCUAUAAUUCUACCGCUCAUAGUCAAGCACUUUGGAAUGACUUGGACAUCAACACAAAUCAUUCCCUACUUUAAGAUGUUUCAACGAGACACUAGGUAUUUGUAUCGGUAUGUACCGAUUUUUGGUAUAAAUGAAUUGAUUGAACCGUCAGUACUACCUGGAGAGGAAGUGGAGUAUCUUGCAAGUCUAAAGGAAGUUGAAGAUAAAGAGAAGGCAGCUAAAAUGUUGUGGAUGUUAAAGUGUAUAUUGAAGAAGCUUGAAGGUGCCUUAGAGGAAAAAACUUUUCAAGAUAUCUUGUCAUUAAAUAAAAGCAUAGAUGAUUUUAAGACCGACAAUAUAUCUUUGUACGCAGGGGAAACUUUGAAUUCUCUAAGAUCGCAUUACAGCGAAAAUAUAUUUACUUAUGAUGGCAACAAAGCUGGAAACUCGAACGAUUGGUACCUUACAGGGUACUGUUUUUCAUAUACAGGGAAUGUUUGGGAUUACUGUUGACUCUCUUUGACGAUAGAAUAGUUAACGUGCAAAUAAGAUCAAUAUUUACUAUUAACAAAAUUAAGAUGUUCGUGGAUAAGCUUCUAACAGAAAUAAAAGCGUCUUGGAUAGAAGAAACAUUGCAGGUUUUGAAGCAAGAGGAGCUGGAUCGAAUUGAGAAAGAAAUUAAUGCUGAACUAAUCGAGAAAUCAGAGGAAUUUGAUGAAGAAAAUAUUAACACGGAACUGAUAGACAGCAUCAUUACAACUAGCAGAAAUUCUUUACAAAUGGGUGAAAACAAUUUAGAUGAAUACAAUAAAGACGGUAUUAGGGAAAUGGCCAUAGAUGUCGUUGAGAAGUGGCCUGAAACUUCUGAUAACUCACACGUAGAAAUAAUUGAAACUAUUAUAAGUGCAGAUAGUGUAAUUGAAACUAAAGAGACAGAAAGUACUUUUAGUGAAAAACCUGAACCUAUGUCAGUUGACAUUGUGGAAGCUGAUGUUGCAGUAACCGAUGUAGCAGCAAAGGUUCCAGCGGCUGAUGUUGCAACAAUUGAUGUAGCAACGAAGGUAGCAGUUGAGGAUGUAGCAACUAAAGUUGCCGAAGAAAAAGAAGUACUAGAUACAACUCUUUCAACUACAGUAGAUACUCAAGUACCAGAUGAAGCUGUUGUGAAAAGUGGUGAAGUUCUUAAAGUUGAGGAAAAAUAAUUAUUUUUUAUCUCUGGAUUAAAAAUGACGGAAGAUUAUACAAAAUGGUGUAGAAAUAAUCUCGAAAAUUACAGACUUAUGGAAAGACAGAACAUUUUGGAAGUGUUUGGUGUAUGUUAUUUACUAUUACAUAAAAAAUAAUAAGUUUCUCUAAACAAGUAGUACCUAAUGUCCUGGAGCUCUUUAUGUUUUUUAGUGUAUAUUUUGCUAAAUUAUAUUUAUCUUAGUGUUAUCUCUUUGUAGUAAUAUCUUUUUAUAUAUUUAUUAUUCAUUCAUGUAUUAUAUAUUGAAGAGCAGUCGUAUGGCGUGAAUACGAUUUUUGUAAUUGUAGUCAAAGGCGUUCGUUUGAAUUGUAUACGGGAUAUUGUAUAGACCAUUUUUGCAAACAACAAACAAAUAGCAGCUUAUGAAAAUUAAAUGAUAUAUAAAAUUAACGUCACCAAAUACAAAAUUAAUUUAUACCCCGCCUUUUAUUUUAAAAUAGUUUUAGCAAUGGACUGAUUUAAAUGACAUUUUAUGCCUAUUGUAUUGUAUUUAUAUGUAAAAUAAAUAAUUAUAUU